AUGCAUUUGAUAGUGCUAAUUGGCACUCCUGUCCAGCAUGUCACUGUGCAACUCGACACUGGUUCCGAUGAGCUUUGGGUUAACCCUAACUGCACGAAGGCUGCAGACCCAGAGUUCUGCCAUGGCGCCGGAUUCUACGAUCCGGGCGCUUCGAACAGUUCAUCGGUCGUCCCUUCUUUCAAUGGCUUUACUAUCUUCUAUGAGAUCGGAAGCGCGGUGGGAGACUACUACGAGGAUAAUGUCCUGAUCGGCGGGGCAAAUCUCACGCAUACUCAAUUCGGAGUUGCUACCAACAGUUCUAUUGUGGACACUGGUAUCCUGGGCUUAUCUUACGGUUCGGGCGAGAACAUCAACUACAACAAUGUCCUGGACCAGCUCUACGACCAGUCGUACAUUACACGCAGACAGUUCAGCGUUGCAGCUGGAAGCGUUGACAACGAGUCUGGCGACCUGCUCUUCUCCGGUUUGGAUGUCAAAAAGUUCGCUGGAACUCUGCAAGAGGUGCCGCUGAUCUUCCCUGGCCCUGACGGGCACAAGACAUACUGGGUCAACCAGACAUACUUGGGCGUUUCGUCGCAAACAAGUUGCCAAUCUCAAGAGCUCAGUCGUCAGGAGUUCUCGGCCAUCAUUGAUACGGGCGCGAGCUUCACCAUCUUACCCGAAGAUGUGAUGAAGGCCGCAUUGGCUUACUUCCCUGCUGCUGUCUUCAACGAGAACGUUGGUGCAUGGACUAUCGACUGCCAAUACCGGGACCGAGAUGCCACUCUCGACUUCGGCUUUGGUGAUGCAAUCAUCAAUGUUCCUUUCCACGAGUUAAUCUGGGAGAGGGAGCCCAAUCAGUGUCUCCUGGGACUGGCGGAGGCCAUGCCCGGUGUUUCUGCAAUCAUCGGUGACAACUUCAUGCGAGCAGCUUAUGUGGUCUUUGAUCAGGAGAAGAGGUCGGUAUUCAUGGCAAAUUACAAGGACUGUGGUUCUGAGAUACUUGCUUCGACCGAGGACUUGAUGCUGAAG